AACAGAUAUAUUUACAUAUAUUUGGUGUCGUUUACACGGUCAAAUGUAUUUGUCGCAUAAAAAUUUUCAUGUUAAAAUUGCACGUGUAAACGGGCCUAUAAAGAGAAAAAACUGCGUGUCAGUGUUCAGUUUAAAUAAUAAUGAUUGAAAUUUCUAAAUAAACAUGGCAAUUUAUUAAACAUAAUUCCCGACACUCGCUAAGUUAACAUCAUUUGGCAGGAAGACGUUUCACAACGAAGAAAAAUUUAAAAAAAAAUGAGACAACAUUGGGCAGGUGGUUUAAGAUUUAUACGAAACGUUCACUUGCACUGGCAUGAUAAACCUGGUCCACGCCUAUCACCACAUGUGAAGCAAGGCAACUAUAAAGAGUAUUUCCUGCAAGUUUUCCCAGAGUUUCCUCUUCGGGUGCACAAAGUUAUAAGGUCGACUGACUGGAAAACAAGACCUGAUCUCAAAAAACAUUUUACGAAGUCAAGUUCAUUUUUGUAUACCUGUCUUGAAGAACCAAGAAGCAGUGCAUCAACAUUCAAAGUUGAAGAAAAGAAAAAAAUUUCUCUUCUGAGUGCCAAGUUACCUUCAAAAAUUGGUGAACUUUCCAGUGGCAGCAAAGAAAAAAUUUUGAAUUCAUCUACUUCUCGUAGUUUCAAGUCAUCUUCAAAAACUGAUGAACCUUCCACUCCCAACACAGUCGAAUUUAAAGAACGUUUUCUCACAAAGGAUCACAAAAUUAACGAUAGCGUCCAUGAAAAUUUGAAAAGUUUUCCUUGGCUUUGUGGCAAGUAUGGUACAGCACGUCCUACUUAUGAGAUGAAUUAUCGUCACAUGUAUCUUGAAGUUGACGAAUCAAAGACUGAGGAUGUUUUAAAGCAAGAAAUCGAUGACAAAUUUGAAUGGAAAGCUUCAGAUUACAUCGAAUUACGUUAUGUUGACCCACGUAAGAAAAUAGAAAUCCAACAGCUAUCCAACAAUGUUAUGGUUGAUAGAAAGAAGACCGAGGACUAGCAAAUUAAGUGUCAAGGGAAAAUUUAAAAGUGGCUGGUUUACCUUUGGAGAUGCAAUACAUAUAUUCAGAAGCGGUAGAUAUUCUGACGAUAGCUCAUAAACGCAACCUUCUACGGAACAUUCAGGAUCUUGGACUACGUUUGGAAAGUCCAUGUCACUACCAAAUGCACAUAAGAGUUAAUGGCAAUAAAACUGAUUUUGAAAACUCUCUUAAAGACACUGCUUCUGUUAUUUCUGACCUUGUUUAUUAAAAACAAGUCUAUAGGCAAA